AUGGCCUUUGCGGCGCUGACAUUUUUCCGCGCUAAGGAAGCGUUGUUUUCUCGCCAGCCGGGCUGCCGGGAGCUGCGCUCGGAAAGACUUGUCGGGAGGUGCCACUGCUGCUCUGCCAGCCCCUUCCCUCCUGUGUCCCCCCGCGUGGAGCGCGAAAACGUGGGAGAAGCGAGCGGGACGCGCGUCCCCGCUCUGCCGCCCCUCCGCCUGGCUGCGAACGCGGCCGGGGUGCGGCCGGCGGCACGUCGGGGGUUUUCGCUGAAGGGUCCCCAGCAAACGCGGCACCGCGUAGGCAGCGGUGCUGGAUGCCCGUGUGGGAGGACACACGUGGCUCCCCGCCGUGCCAAGGACAUCCGUGUGGGAGCAUUGACCGUAAGGUUCAUCACCAGGAGAUUCAUCGGCGACUACGACCCGACCCUAGAAAUGAUUUACAGACACAUGGCUGUCAUCGACGGGGAGAUGGUGCACUUUGAGAUCCUGGACACGGCGGGACAGGAGGAGGAUUCCCUGCAGAUAGAGGAGAAGAUCAAAUGGGGCGAUGGCUUCGCUGUGGUCUACUCGGUGACGGACCGGUGCAGCUUUGACGAGGUCAUGCGGCUGUGUUUCCUCAUCAACCACAUCCACUCCAGCCCCAAGCGGAGCAGCGGCAGCGAGCAGCCCCCCGUGGUCAUCGUGGGCAACAAGAAGGACCUGCAGUUCGAUAGGAUGGUGUCCACGGAGGAUGGCGAAAACCUCUCCAAAGCCUUGAAGCUUCCUUUCUACGAGAUCUCCACCCGGGACAGCUACGAAGAGACCGUGGCGGUGUUCAACACCCUCUACCAGGAGCUCAUGAGACAGGGGCAUUUCUCCCCGGGCUCCUUCAAGAGGAGGACGGUGUCGAAGCUGAUGGAGAAGAUCCCCAAGAUGCAAGCCAGCUCCACCUUGAACUCAGCGGGCCGGAGCCUCAGCUUCAACUCCUUCAGGGACUACAUCCCCGAGUGA